CCCCCCCCCCCCCCCCCCUCUCUCUCUCUCUUUCUCUCUCUCCGUCCAUCUAAUAAAGUACGGCUUCCAUCAUCCUCCUCCUCCUCCCUGAAGCCCUAGAAUCGACCAAUUGGAAUUUGUCAAUUCCAAUUCAAUCCGAAACCCUAGAUUUUCCCGCAAUCGCCCCCCGAUUAAAUCCCUCGAAUCCAUUUCCCGGCAAUUUAUAUCGUUCGAAUUUUGCUCAGAUCUGACCUCAAUUGCGUCAUAUUACCCCGUCAUUUUGCAAUUAGCUUAAUUCAAGAACUUCUACGCAGUUCUAUUAUAAAUUGUUGAACAAAUUUAGAAUUGUCAAGACGUGUAUGGUUGUGAUGGGUAGGGUUUACAAGGAUACAUCGAAGCCCUCUUCUUCGUCAGAGUCACCGUCUUCGCCGGCGGUGACGACAUCAACGUCGAUAACGGAGACCGUUAACGGAUCGCACGACUUCAAGAUCACUGGGUAUUCAUUGUCGAAGGGAAUUGGGAUUGGGAAGUACAUAGCGUCGGAUACGUUUAUGGUUGGUGGAUAUGCGUGGGCGAUUUAUUUCUAUCCCGAUGGGAAGAGUGUGGAAGAUAAUGCGACUUAUGUUUCGCUGUUUAUCGCUUUGGCAAGCGAGGGCACGGAUGUGAGGGCGCUUUUUGAGCUUACUCUUUUGGAUCAGAGUGGAAGGGAGAGACACAAGGUUCAUAGCCAUUUCGGGAGGGCGUUGGAGAGUGGACCCUACACUCUUAAAUAUCGAGGCAGCAUGUGGGGAUACAAGCGAUUUUUCAAAAGAACUGCUCUGGAAGCAUCUGACUACCUGAAAGAUGACUGCCUUCAAGUUCAUUGCUGCGUGGGUGUUGUUAAGUCUCACACAGAGGGACCUAAGAUCUACUCUAUACCAUUACCCCCAUCAGACAUUGGUCAGCAUUUUGGGAAGCUGCUGGAAAGUGGAAAAGGAACUGAUGUAAAUUUUGAAGUUGAUGGAGAAACCUUUUCUGCUCAUAAGUUAGUGCUUGCAGCUCGUUCUCCAGUAUUUAGAGCUCAGUUAUAUGGUCCAAUGAAGGAUCAAAACACAGAGUGUAUAAAAAUUGAAGAUAUGGAGGCACCAGUUUUUAAGGCUCUACUUCAUUUUAUAUACUGGGAUACACUACCAGACAUGGAAGAGCUCACUGGAUUGAACUCAAAAUGGGCUUCAACAUUGAUGUCUCAGCAUCUGCUUGCUGCUGCUGAUCGGUAUGGUUUAGAUAGGCUUAGACUGCUCUGUGAGUCUAACCUAUGUGAGGACAUUGCUAUCAAUACUGUUGCAACAACACUAGCACUGGCAGAGCAGCACCACUGUUUCCAGCUGAAAGCUGUGUGUCUCAAAUUUGUGGCAUUGCCUGAAAAUCUUAGAGCUGUUAUGCAGACAGACGGUUUUGAAUACUUGAAAGAAAGCUGUCCUCAUGUUCUGACUGAAUUAUUAGAGUACGUUGCUAGGAUCAAUGAGCAUUCUGUUGCGGUUGGCAAGCAAGGACUUGAAGCUAUCCUAGACGGAAGUGAUAUCAAUGGCAGACGCGUGAAGCAAAGACUAUAGCAUAAAUUUCAAUAGCUGAAAAACUGAUAGCUUAGAUCUUUCUUUAGGGUUAUUAGAAACAUUUUUCUUGUUGCAGCAUCUAGUUCGACGCAGGUGUAAAUGAUUUUCUAGUCUUUUUUCCUUGUUUCUCUUGUUAUCUGAAAGGUGGGUCUUUCUAGAUCCUACUCAACAUGUGCUCUACAUCCGUUCUGAAUUUGUAAUUUGUGUAUGGAUCCCAUGAUUUUGUGGGUAUGCUUCUGUGAAUUUGUAAUCUGAAUGUCCUUGCUUGGCAGCAAACUCUUUUCAAGUCCCAAGGGGACUUGGCCAGA